AUGGAGCGUCACUUGUCCAAGUACGUCGGGGCAAUGGUGAUGUACCUCAUUGCCAAGCGGUCGAAGAAGAAAUACGGUAUUGACAAAGAGCGACUGGCGCUGUAUGCGGCUCUGAAUAGCUGGGUUGAUGCGGUUGGUGACAGGCGCAUGUUUCUUGGAGGGCAUGAACCGAGUCAGUAUGACUUGAUUUCCUGGCUAAUCAAAAACGCUAUAAAUCUAUACAGUAGUGUCUCCGUAAUAUCUUAA